CCUGAGACGGGAACGGGCAAUUAGCGUGCGCCUGCUGUGUGUUUUACUGGUGCUCCGUCUUGCGGAGGACAAAUAUUAGGCUGAGUGAAAACAGCCAACCAAGGGCUUUGGGGUCGGGCCGACCUCGGAUUAGCAAGGCGGCAGCUGUGUGACUUUGAGCAAUUACUCAGCCAUUCUGAGUUUCAGUUGCCUGUCCGAAAAAUGGGGAGCGUACCUGCCUUUAUAGAGUGGUUGGGAGGAUGAGAAAGUCAAAGCACCUGGUGAGGAUGCAGGUGAUGGGUGGGGAAGCCAGGAGAGCCGGGCCUUGGGCUCGCGCCUUUCCCAGCUGCGAGAUCUGAGUUUGCACCAGAUCUGGUCUCCACUCCAGGCCCCAAAACCGGUUUCUCAGAGCUGAUAGGAUUGAUUAGAGUUUCUUGGGUGGUUAUGGCCCCACUCUCUGCGACAGUGGAGAGGAUAAAAAGUAAGAGCACCGGGUUUUCCUAAAGCUCUGCCGCCAGGGUGUGAACUUGAGCAAGAGUUCACGAAACUCCACACCUCUCCCGUCUGUGAAAAGAGGCUAAGGCUUAUUCCCCAAUAGCACAGAAGGAGUGAGCUGUGUCAGUGAAGUAUUUCCAGUAUCCUUUGGUGCAUGGUAAAACACCCUGGGUGGGUGGGAAGGUUUCCCAAACAAGGGUUUGCUGGGGUGGUUCUGCCUGUUUCCCAGCAGGUGACUGAGCUGGAUUCCAGAGAGCCUUCUCCUUUGCUCUGCUUUACCCACCACUGCCUCUAACCUCUUCCUCCAAGCCCUGCACGCUCUGACCUUUCUGCCAGACUUCACAGAUGAGAUAAAUGGAGCUCCAGGGAAGAGAAAGGAUUUUGCCUCUUCGCUGGGAGGGAACAGGCUCUAGCAGUGGCAGGAGGAUGGGCGUAGCCUGCUGUUUUCAGACACAUUACCAUUUACCAACCUCCUAUUUUGUGCCAGGCACAAAGUGUGAGGCAUCUUGUGUAUCUUAUUUAAUUUUCAACCUGUCCGACCCCCUGGAGGAAGAUAGUAUUAUCCCCCUUUGUUGGAUGUGGAAAGGGGGUAAUUGUCUCCUCAUCCCCACUUCACAGGUGAAGAAAGCAGCUCAGAGAGGUGUUCUCCCCCAGAGCCCUACGACUUGGGAUUGAGUCUCAACUCUGCUCCUCGGUACCUCUGAGCUCUGAUUUCCCCUAACUGCUGCCACUCUUCGUCUUAUGGGCUCUCCUUUUUGUUUUCAUCUACUUGGUGUGCUUUCGAAAACCGCAGUGGACCUUGCUCCGCCCCUGACCCUCCCCCUUUCCCAGCCUCUGUUUUCCCUCUGCGAAGUGGGGAUAGGAAUCCAUGCUCACGCGGCUCUACGAGGAGCUGAAUGAGACCCCAAUGGGAAGGUGGGAGGAGCGUGCCGCACAUUAAUUCUUUCUGCAUAUCUCCCCUGAGGCUCCAGGUUCUUCUCUCAAGUGAGACCCAGGCAGUGAUUUUUUUUUUUCUUUUUUCCCUCUUUUGCUUCCAAUGAAGCACCUGGGGGCUCAGGGAAAGAAAUACCCUUACUUGCUCCUUUUUCUCCUCCUCCCCAUCCCCCCACCCCGGUCCAGCGGAGCGGGCACUGGACACAAUGAACUUUGAAGUGAUCAAAGGCCAGGCCGUCCGCAUCAUGUGGUCCCAGCGAGACCCAGGACUCCGCAGGUCGGGUGUGGGCAACAUCUUCAUCAAGAACCUGGAGGACUCCAUUGACAACAAGGCCUUAUAUGACACCUUCUCCACCUUUGGGAACAUCCUCUCUUGCAAGGUGGUGUGUGAUGAUCACGGUUCCCGAGGCUUCGGCUUUGUCCACUUUGAGACCCAUGAGGCUGCACAGCAGGCCAUUGCCACCAUGAACGGGAUGCUGCUGAAUGACCGCAAAGUCUUCGUCGGCCACUUCAAGUCCCGACGAGAGCGGGAAGCAGAGCUGGGAGCUCGGGCCAUGGAGUUUACCAACAUUUAUGUGAAGAACCUCCAUGUGGACGUGGACGAGCAGGGCCUGCAGGACCUCUUCUCCCAGUUUGGGAAGAUGCUGAGUGUGAAGGUGAUGAGGGACGACAGUGGCCACUCCCGAGGCUUCGGCUUUGUCAACUUUGAGAAGCAUGAGGAAGCCCAGAAGGCUGUGCUGGACAUGAAUGGGAAGGAGGUGAGCGGGCGGCUGCUGUACGUGGGCCGGGCCCAGAAGCGUGUGGAACGGCAGAAUGAGCUGAAGCGCAGGUUCGAGCAGAUGAAGCAGGACCGGCUGACCCGUUACCAGGGUGUGAACCUGUACGUUAAGAACCUAGAUGACUGCAUUGAUGAUGAGAAGCUGAGAAAAGAGUUCUCACCCUAUGGAGUGAUUACCAGUGCUAAGGUGAUGACAGAGGGUGGCCACAGCAAGGGGUUUGGCUUUGUGUGUUUUUCCUCUCCAGAAGAGGCGACCAAGGCCGUGACCGAGAUGAACGGGCGCAUCGUGGGCACCAAGCCACUGUACGUGGCACUGGCCCAGCGCAAAGAGGAGCGGAAGGCCAUCCUGACCAACCAGUACAUGCAGCGUCUGUCCACGGUGCGGGCGCUGGGCGGCCCCCUCUUGGGCUCCUUCCAGCAGCCCGCCGGCUACUUCCUGCCCGCCGUGCCCCAGUCUCCAGCCCAGGCUGCGUACUAUGCCUCCGGCCCCCCCAUGCAGCCCGCCCCCAGGUGGACGGCCCAGCCUCCGAGACCCUCCUCCACCUAUCCUCCAGCUGCCUCAGUGGUCCGGCCACCAGCCAUGUUGCGGCGCCCCCCGGCCCAGGUCAGCAGUGUCAGGCAGGCCUCUACCCAGGUGCCACCCCCGCUGCCCCACACCCAAAGAGUGGCCAACAUCGGCACCCAGACCACAGGAGCCAGUGCGGUGGGAUAUUCUACACCAAGCGGGCCUCUCCUGACGCACAAAUAUCCCUCAGCACCACACAACCCUGGGAGAGAGAGCACAAGCAGGUGGUAUAGCAAGCAGAGGGAGAGGGAGAAGACUCCCCGCCGAGCAAGGAGCCUGAUGCGGGGCUCGAUCCCAGGACCCUGGGACCACGACCCGAGCCGAAGGCAGUCGCCCAACCGAGCCACCCAGGCGCCCCGGCAUCGCUCAGUGUCUAUUCCUUUAAGAGAGCAAAUGCCACUGGCCACACCUGCCUCACGGGGACCAAAACAACUGGGAAUGCCUAUCUCGAGCUGCGACACACUGACUAAGCGCUAGGAAUGAAGAGCCCGCCCCAGUCCGAGAGAAGACUACGGACAGCAGCCGACGUCCUGAAAUCCCCCAGGCCAGCGGCUGGUGGCAGAUACCUGUUGCUGUAUGUGGCGGACUCCAUGUCACUAAAGGAGAGGCUUUCACUGUACUUCUCAAUAGCUUUCUUAUGGUUUCCCUUCUUUACAAGCUCAUUGCCUUCUUCCUUCAGAACUCUGGCUCUCUCCACAUCCCCAGCAGAAGACACUAGAUGCAAAUUCAGAAGAGGAAAAAGCCAUGGAGCGGGUGCCCGAGAUCCACGAGGCCUCGCCGGCAUCGGCUGUCCCGCGUCGUCUGCGGCCUUCUCCCCCCGCCCCGAGACUCCCUACACUGCUCGGAAGCAGCCUCCCGGGGGGAAGGAGCCCCCCUCACAGGGCUUCUGGGAAAUUCAACAGGUUUUCAGUCAGAAGAGGUUGGGGAGUCCUGAUGGAAACACACACAGACAUGCACAUAAGAACAGAUACGUGGUAAAGAGCAAGCUGGGUUCUAGCCCCAGCACUGCCCCUUAGUAGCCGGGGACCUCGGGCGACCUGCCUAAGUCUCUGGGACCUCAGUUUCUCUGUACGCUGGGCCAUCAGCUACCCCACCCAGGGCUAGCGUCAGGACAAAACCUGAGAGUACACCACAAAGUGAGGAACACCCUAUAAACUUAAAGCAGGAGAAUAAAAAAGUAUUUCAAUAAGCAAGCAUCUCAGAAAGAAAGGGUGUAGCUCCCGGGCUUGCAGAAGAGCCCACCGUUCCCCGUCUCUGCUUGGUCUGAGCCUGCACCUUCCCUCGCCUACCCCACGCCGUGUGGCCCCAGCCUUGACAGACAGAGACACGAGGUGAAAUCCCGGCUGCUCGCCUGGCCCUCAGGCCCUUCACUGCGCAGCCACAACUCAAUGCUCCAGCCCCAGCUCCCAGAUGGCCGGGUUUCUUUAAUUUUUUAAAAAACUCUCUCUAUAAAAUCCUGAAUAUUUGCAACAUGGGUAAGGUUUUAGGAACAAAACUAACACCCUUGAACUCAUCCCUCACCUUAAGAAAUAGAACACUUACUAAGACCUUUAAAGCCCUGUGGGGCCCCCCUCCCCAAGUCAAUCCACCCCUGGAGGAAACCGUGAUCCCCAAUCCUGUGCUUCCUUCCCCCUUUUUUUUCUUGGUAGCUUAACUAUAUACGAUAGUUCCUACAAACCGUUUGCUGUUCAUUUUGUUUUUAAAUCUCGUAUAAAAGAAUAAAUAAUUCAAGUAUUCCUCAGA